UCAGUCAUGUCCACGGUAAAUAACACCACCCAAGAUCCCUUUUUCUUCAUUCUCACGGGCAUCCCUGGAUUUGAGGACAUUCAUAUCUGGAUCUCCAUUCCCUUUGGCUGCUUCUACACCAUCUCCAUCAUGGGCAACACCACUAUUCUCACUGUCAUCCACAAAGAGUCGUCUCUCCACCAGCCCAUGUACUUAUUUCUCUCCAUGCUGGCCCUGACUGACCUGGGUCUCACCCUCACCACCCUGCCCACAGUCAUGCAGCUCCUCUGGUUCAACAAUAAUAAGAUCAGAUUCGAAGCCUGUUUUGCUCAGUUAUUUUUCCUGCAUGGGUUUUCAUUCAUGGAAUCCUCUGUCUUGCUGGCAAUGUCCUUUGACCGUUAUGUGGCCAUCUGUCGCCCCCUCCAUUACGCCUCCAUCCUCACCAAUGAAGUCAUUGGCAAGAUUGGCAUAGCCAUCAUUUGUCGCUGUGUUCUCGCUGUUCUUCCCCCUCUUUUCCUGCUCAAGCGCCUGCCCUUCUGCCGCUCACACCUUCUCUCUCACUCCUACUGUCUCCACCAGGAUAUGAUCCGUCUGGUCUGUGCUGACAUCCGAGUCAACAGCUGGUAUGGACUUGCUCUGGGUAUUCUCAUUAUUGUGUUAGACCCAUUACUCAUUUUGCUCUCCUAUUCACUCAUCUUGAAAAAUAUCUUUGGGAGAGCCACCUGGACUGAGCGCCUACGGGCCCUCAAUAACUGUCUGUCUCACUUUCUGGCUGUUCUAGUUCUCUAUGUCCCCAUGGUGAGUUUGUCCAUGACUCACCGCUUUGCAAAACAUGCUUCACCAUUGGUUCAUGUGGUUAUUGCCAAUGUCUACUUGUUGGUUCCUCCUGUAAUGAAUCCCAUCAUUUACAGUGUGAAAACGAAGCAGAUCCGCCAGGGAAUCUUUAACCUGCUUUUCCAGAGGAAGUUGAACUUUUAA